AUGUCGGGAGAAGGCGAAAUUCCUCUCGUUCAAGGGGACGAAAAUGCUAGAGAAUCGAGCUCCUCAAUGGAAGGACGGUUGCGUCAGAUGGAGAGCAUGAAUGCUCGAUUAUUGGCUAUACUGGAGGCUCAGGGUCAAAGGUCUGAUGAUGAAGAAGGAAAAUUGUAUAAGAGGCUAUCAUCCCACAGGCCAAGAACCUACGAUGGGGAGCCAGAUCCGGUUAAGUUUGAGGACUGGAUAGCGUACAUGGAAAAGCUGUUGGAGAUCAUAAGUUGUCCUGAGCAUAUGAAGGUUAAGUUGGCUUCAUUCUACCUAGAAGGGCCAGCUGAGAUAUGGUGGAGGACUGUCAAGAAAAAUUUCCAGCAAUCAGACUACACUUGGGACAAAUUUCUGGAAACCAUACGUCAAAGGUUUUAUCCCCCAGCUCUACAGAAGAAGAAAGAGAGUGAGUUUCUAUAUCUCCGGCAAGGAAAGAUGACUGUGGUGGAAUACGCUGCAAAAUUUAUGGAGUUGUCUCGUUUUGCUCCAGAACUAGUCAGCUCGGAGAAAUUUAAAACAUCUCGCUUUUUCGAAGGAUUGAAUUUUAAGUACCAGAAGAGGGUGUGGUAUUACACCAACUAUUAA